AUGGCAGGGUGGCAGCAAGGCCUCUGGAUCCCCGGGAAGAAAGUCCCGACCGCUACUGGCUCAAAGACCGCAGUAGAACAUAUAAAGACCGCGGUAGAACAUAUAAACUCAGGCAACCCCGACGCAGCAUUAACACACGGUGGUGAAAGUCCAGUUGAAAACACAAAGACCACGACGGCCACGACGGCCACGACGGCCACGGUUCCACCAACUCCUGAGGAAAGGAAGCUGUCAUCCGCCACGUCAGCCGUGGUCCCCAAAAGCCCAUCUACGGCACCCAGCAACUUACCCGCUGCCCCGUCUCUAGCCCCGACGCAGAAAGAGGGGGUAACGCUCCCAGUAACAAGAGGGGUGUUAACCGGCCCCCCGACAGCUCCUGAUCCACCAACCACUAAGUCCGUGAAGCCCGACACCACACAGGGCCAGCCAGCCGGAUCUGGAGCCCAGAGCAGCGCCAGUGUUCCCACUGACCGCACGACCACGCAGGGCACGGGGCCUCUGCCGCCACUGGUUAGCCCCACCCGCACCACACCUGCUCCUUCCACGGCCACCUCAGCAAGCCCUCACCAACCAGCUGCGACUGCUACUUUGAAGCCCCCGGGGACUCUUCAAGCACCAGACAAAGUCUCUACGGCUUCAAGUACUUUAGGCACCGAGACCAGUCCCGACUCCACAUUACACGGGGCGCCUUCCACGCCAACAUCAUUUGUUGCCUCACAAGGAAAUCAUGAGCACUCCAGCAAGGUGCCAACUGUCCCUGGGACCUCUUCCUCCGCCACUGGGACCUCUUCCUCCGCCACUGGGACCCCUUCCUCCGCCACUGGGACCCCUUCCUCCGCCACUGGGACCUCUUCCUCCACCACUGGGACCUCUUCCUCCGUCACUGGGACCUCUUCUUCCGUCCCUGGGAUCUCUUCCUCCGUCCCUGGGACCUCUUCCUCUUCGUCGGGACCUGUGGCCACAUUUACUGUUAUGGGACCUGGAAGCUUUAGCACUCACUUGGCUCCAAAUACCCCCCAAGUCUCCAGCACAUCUUCUCCUGCCUUGACUCAUAGGGAUGAUGGGGUGCUGCCAGCAGCGGUGGGACAGAUACAGUGCGGACAUCCCGAAAAUCAAACCGAGAGGAUGCUCAUCCUGAACUUCACGAAAACCAGCCCCUGUGAGACGAACUUUUCGGAUGACAAACUGGUCACACUACUGUGCAGAGCAGCAAAAGCCACCUUCAACCCACCUCAAGAUCGGUGCCAUAUACGGCUGACACCUAUUCCCGAGACCCAGGCAGUGGCAAUCAAAGAAAUCGCUAUCCAGACAAACCUCCUGCCCAGGGACGUGUAUGAGUUGCUGAAAGACAAAUGGGACGAGCUGCAAGAGGUGGGAGUCAGUAACAUGAAGCUUGGGGACCAAGGGCCACCCGAAGAGACGGAGGACCGGUUCAGCAUGCCCCUCAUCAUCACCAUCGUCUGUAUGGCCUCCUUCCUGCUCCUCGUCGCUGCCCUCUAUGGCUGCUGCCACCAGCGCCUCUCCCAGAGGAAAGACCAGCAACGACUAACGGAGGAGCUGCAGACAGUGGAGAAUGGUUACCAUGACAAUCCCACACUGGAAGUGAUGGAGACCUCCUCAGAGAUGCAGGAGAAAAAGGUGGUCAACCUUAAUGGGGAGCUGGGGGACAGCUGGAUCGUCCCCCUAGACAACCUGACCAAGGAUGACCUGGACGAGGAGGAAGACACACACCUCUAA